AUGCACCUGUGCGUCCGCGCCGCCGCCGAUCAGCAGCAGCAGGGCCAGGCGCCGCCGCCGCCGCCGGCCGCGCCCCAGCAGCAGCAGCAGCAGCCGCAGCAGCCCGGGGAGCGCAAGGUGGUGUACAACACCGAGUUUGGCUACUCCCGCAAGGACAUCUUCCUGAUUGGCGGCGGCCUGAUCGCCCUGGGCUAUGUCAUGUACUACGGCCUGCAGGCGACAGGCAUGGAGGCUGGCAUCGCCGGCAACUGGGUGCAGGCGAUCAUAUUUAUGGGGAUCUGCGUCGGCUACAUCAGCACGUACAUCUACAGGGUGGCCACCAAGCAAAUGACGUACGUCAAGCAGCUGGAGAUGUACGAGGACGCCGUGAUCCAGAAGCGAAUGGAGGAGAUGACAGAGGCCGAGGUGCAGCAGCUGGUUUCGGAGGUCGAGGCUGACCGCGCCAAGCGCGCGGGCAAACAGGCGGGCACCAACUGA